AUGUUCUCCCUCGCCGCAUCCCCCGCGCUCGCGCGCGCCCCCGCCGGCGCGUGCCGCCUCGCCGCGACGCCCCCGCCGGCGCGCGCCGUCUCCGCCGCUCCCCGUCCCAAGGCGGUCCGACCGCUCCCCCGAUCGGUGGUGAUCUCGCGCGCCGACGACACCGUCGAGGGCAUCCCGGUCUCCGGCCCCGGCGCGCAACCCGAUCCCGCGGACCUCAAGCAGGUGGUCGACGCCGCCGAACGCGUCCCGGCGAACAUCACGCAGGACGACUUCACCGCCUUCUACGGCAUCCUCCAGGCGCAAUCCGCGGAGGAGGCGGCGGGCAAGGUGACCGAGCUGGUCGACUCCGGGCGCCUCACCGAGGGCGUUGUGGAGGCUGCGCUGACGACGCUCACCAAGGCUGAGCAGAAGGGAGAACCCGAUGAGGUCAUCCAGACGCUGCGCGCGGUGUUCGAGUACCUCCUCGAGGCCUACGCGUACGUCUCCGCGCCCCCUUCGCUCGACGCCGUCGACGACGUCGUCCGAAGGCUCGGCGACAUGGAGCAGCUCAAGGAGAAGGACGAGAUGAAGAUGUCCGACGAGCAGUUCGAGGACAACGCGGUCAAAGAGGCGGCGGCGUCGGCGGAGAUCACCCUCGAACAGUUCCGUACCGACGUGAACAAGUUUCUGGCGUCCAUGGAGGAGCAAGACGCGGGGUUCGAGGACCAGGUGAAGCAACUCCUGUCGCAACCCGGGCAAGACACCCCGGAACAACGCGAACAGCUGGACCAGAUGCGCGAGAUGAGGAAGGGCGCCAAGGAACAGAUGGCGAGGGUGAGCGGCAUACUGGGGCGGUGCAUCGCCGCGUGA